AUGAGAGCCGUGCCGCUACUUGUGUUGCGAAAAUAUCAACUUCCGCUGGAGCUUCCAGCCAAGAAGCAAACCCCACCGGUUGUGAUCCGCAACAAUAGCGGGCUUCCCGCAAAAGCUCCCAUUGAAGAGUUUGACGGAAUAAGUGUUAUUGGUAGUCAAUUAACAGAUCAGAGCGGUGGCAUCGGCAUCCUGACAACUAACUAG